GCGGAGGGAGGUUCCGGGAGGGCCACCCGGGCGGGGUUGGGUGGCGGGGAGGCCACCCGGGGGUCCCGAGGCGGGCGCCCGCUCGAGGUGGGGGCGGCGCCAGCUCCCGCCCCGCCCCGCCCGCCGGCGCCGCGGCCCCUUUAAACCGCCGCCCGCGCCCCCGCCCGCCGCCGCCUCCAUUUUCAGGCCGCCGCCGCGCUGCCCGGCCGGACAUGGCCGCCAACAUGUACCGGGUCGGAGACUACGUCUACUUUGAGAACUCUUCCAGCAACCCCUAUCUGAUCCGCAGGAUUGAGGAGCUCAACAAGACGGCGAACGGGAACGUGGAGGCCAAGGUGGUCUGCUUCUACCGUCGGCGGGACAUCUCCAGCAGCCUCAUCGCACUGGCCGACAAGCACGCCACCCUGUCUGUCUGCUACCAGAGUGGGGCUGACAACGGAGAGGAAGGGGAGAUGGAGGAGGAGCUGGAGAACCCUGAGGUAGUGGAUUUGCCUGAGAAGCUCAAGCACCAGUUGCGGCACCGAGAGCUGUUCCUGUCUCGGCAGCUGGAAUCCCUCCCCGCCACCCACAUCAGGGGCAAGUGUAGUGUGACCCUGCUCAACGAGACUGAAUCACUCAAGUCAUAUCUGGAGCGUGAGGACUUCUUCUUCUACUCUCUGGUGUAUGACCCACAGCAGAAGACCCUGUUGGCUGACAAGGGUGAGAUCCGAGUGGGCAGCCGGUACCAGGCAGAUAUCACCGACCUGCUGAAGGAGGGUGAGGAAGAUGGGCGUGACCAGGCCAGGUUGGAGACCAAGGUGUGGGAAGCCCACAACCCACUGGUGGACAAGCAGAUUGACCAGUUCCUGGUGGUGGCCCGGUCUGUGGGCACCUUUGCGCGUGCCCUGGACUGCAGCAGCUCCGUCCGCCAGCCCAGCCUGCACAUGAGCGCCGCAGCCGCCUCCCGGGACAUCACCCUGUUCCACGCAAUGGACACACUGCACAGGAGCGUGUACGACGUGGCCAAGGCCAUCUCAGCACUGGUGCCGCAGGGCGGUCCUGUGCUCUGCCGCGAUGAGAUGGAGGAGUGGUCGGCCUCUGAGGCCAGCCUGUUUGAGGAGGCGCUGGAGAAGUAUGGCAAGGACUUCACAGACAUCCAGCAGGACUUCCUGCCCUGGAAGUCGCUGACCAGCAUCAUUGAAUACUACUACAUGUGGAAGACCACAGACAGAUACGUGCAGCAGAAACGCCUGAAGGCCGCGGAGGCAGAGAGCAAACUGAAGCAGGUGUACAUCCCCAACUACAACAAGCCAAACCCCAACCAGAUCAGUGUGAACACCCUCAAGGCUGGCGUGGUGAACGGUGCAGGGGCUCCAGGCCAGAGCCCAGGAGCUGGCCGCGCCUGCGAGAGCUGUUACACCACCCAGUCUUACCAGUGGUAUUCUUGGGGUCCCCCUAACAUGCAGUGUCGUCUCUGCGCAUCUUGUUGGACGUAUUGGAAGAAAUACGGUGGCUUGAAAAUGCCAACCCGGCUUGAUGGAGAGAGGCCGGGACCCAACCGCAGUAACAUGAGCCCCCACGGUGUCCCAGUGCGGAGCAGCGGGAGCCCCAAGUUUGCCAUGAAGACACGCCAGGCCUUCUACCUGCACACCACCAAGCUGACUCGUAUUGCCCGGCGCCUGUGUCGUGAGAUCCUGCGCCCCUGGCACGCUGCACGGCACCCCUACCUGCCUGUCAACAGUGCUGCCAUCAAGGCAGAGUGCACAGCGCGGCUGCCCGAGGCCUCCCAGAGCCCACUGGUGCUGAAGCAAGCCGUGCGGAAGCCACUGGAAGCUGUGCUGCGGUACCUGGAGGCCCACCCCCGCCCCCCCAAGCCCGACCCCGUGAAGACCACGUCUGGUGUGCUGGGUGGCUUGACCCCUGCCAAGGCCACUCCAGUCAUCAACAACGGCUCGCCCACCAUCUUGGGCAAGAGGACGUACGAGCAGCACAACGGUGUAGAUGGCACCCUGAAGAAGCGCCUGUUGAUGCCCAGUAGGGGUUUGGCGAACCACGGGCAGACCAGGCACAUGGGACCAAGCCGGAAUCUCCUGCUCAAUGGGAAGUCGUACCCCACCAAAGUGCGCCUGAUCCGUGGGGGCUCCCUGCCCCCUGUCAAGCGAAGGCGCAUGAACUGGAUUGACGCCCCUGAUGAUGUCUUCUAUAUGGCCACGGAGGAAACCAGGAAAGUCCGUAAGCUGCUCUCAUCCUCUGAGACCAAGCGUGCUGCCCGCCGGCCCUACAAGCCCAUCGCCCUGCGCCAGAGCCAGGCCCUGCCACCCCGGCCGCCCGCACCCCCUCCAGUCAAUGACGAGCCCAUUGUCAUCGAGGACUAGCUAGCUGGACACCAGGCUGAGACUGGCCUGACUGCGCCUCCGGCCGUGCCCCCCACCAGAGACCUGCCCCUCGGAUGCCUGCCCGCCCCCACCCCCGGGGCAGGCUGCUGGCCGCCGCCGCUGCCGCCACCGCCGAGAGGCCCUUAGCUUUGUGUUUACCUUCUGGCUGCGCGGAGCCUGGGCCGCCGGUCCCCCGGGCCUCGGCCGGCCAGUUCUGUUGUGUUCUGUUGAAGGUGCCAUUUUAAAUUUUAUUUUUAUUACUUUUUUUGUAGAUGAACUUCAGCUCUGUACCGUACACCUGGAAUGUUAAGAUGGGCAUGGCCAGCGGCCGGCCGAGCUGCCCGGUGGGCUUGGCCCCUUGUCUUUUCAAGUAAUUUUCAUAUUAAAAAAAAAAAACUCAUAAAAAGGGAAAAGCCA